AUGAAGCCCCCCUCAGGGCUGGAGGAGGCCCGGCGGCCGGCCUCGGACAUCCGCGUGUUUGCCAGCAGCUGCACGCUGCACGGGCUGGGCCACGUCUUCGGCCCGGGCAGGCUGACCCCUCGCCGGGGGCUGUGGGCCCUGGCCGUGCUCCUGUCGCUGGCCGCCUUCCUCUACCAGGUGGCGGAGAGGGUGCGCUACUAUGGCGAGUUCCACCACGAGACGGCCCUGGACGAGCGCGAGAGCCGCCAGCUGGUCUUCCCGGCCGUCACCCUGUGCAACAUCAACCCCCUGCGCCGCUCGCGCCUCACGCCCAACGACCUGCACUGGGCCGGGCCCUCGCUGCUGGGCCUGGAGCCCUCGGAGCACGCGGCCUUCCUGCACGCCCUGGGCCGGCCCCCCGCGCCGCCCGGCUUCAUGCCCAGCCCCACCUUCGACAUGGCCCGGCUCUACGCCCGGGCCGGGCACACCCUGGAGGACAUGCUGCUGGACUGUCGCUACUGUGGCCAGCCGUGCGGGCCUGAGAACUUCACUGCGAUCUUCACCCGGAUGGGUCAGUGCUACACCUUCAACUCGGGCGCGGACGGGGCAGAGCUGCUCACCACCCCCAAGGGCGGCGCGGGCAGUGGGCUGGAGGUCAUGCUGGACGUGCAGCAGGAUGAGUACCUGCCCGUGUGGAAGGACGUGGAGGAGACCCCGUUUGAGGCGGGGGUCCGAGUGCAGAUCCACACGCAGGAGGAGCCGCCCAUCAUCGACCAGCUGGGCUUUGGCGCCGCCCCCGGCUACCAGGUGUUCGUGUCUUGCCAGCAGCAGCAACUGAGCUAUCUGCCACCGCCCUGGGGUGACUGCAGCUCAGUAUCUCUGGACCCUGACUUUGAGCCGGAACCCUCUGGUCCCCUGGGUCCCCCCGGCCCCAGUCCGGGUCCCAGCCCUCCCUAUAGUCUAAUGGGCUGUCGCCUGGCCUGCGAGACCCGCUAUGUGGCUCGGAAGUGCGGCUGCCGAUUGAUGCAUAUGCCUGGUGGCGCACCGGUGUGCAGCCCCCAGCAGUACAAGGACUGCGCCAACCCGACGCUGGACGCCAUGCUGCGGAAGGACGCGUGCGUCUGCCCCAACCCUUGCGCCACUACGCGCUACGCCAAGGAGCUCUCCAUGGUGCGGAUGCCCAGCCGCGCCGCUGCCCGCUACCUGGCCCGAAAGUACAACCGCAGCGAAGCGUACAUCGCGGAGAACGUGCUGGUGCUGGACAUCUUCUUCGAGGCCCUCAACUACGAGACAGUGGAGCAGAAGAAGGCCUAUGAGGUGUCCGAGCUACUCGGUGACAUUGGGGGCCAGAUGGGGCUGUUCAUCGGGGCCAGCCUGCUCACCAUCCUGGAGAUCCUGGACUACCUCUGUGAGGUGUUCCGAGACAAGGUCCUGGGACACUUCUGGAACCGGAAGCGCUCCCCGAAGCACUCCAGCAGCAACCUGCUUCAGGAAGGGCUCGGCAGCCAUGGAAACCAAGUGUCCCAUCUCAGCUUGGGCCCCAGGCCUCCCGCUCCUCCCUGCGCCGUGACCAGGACCCUCUCCGCCUCCCACCGCACCUGCUACCUCGUCACCCGGCUCUAGACCGGGUGUCCGUGUCUCCGGGCCAGGCCCUGACGUCUCGGACAAGCCCCUGCCUGCGUAUCGCUUUGUCAUUUUCAUCCCAAAUAAAGUUCUA